GUCAAUCACCGUGACGUCACGAGCACUAUUAAAGAAAACCAACAAACAGCAGCCAGAAAAACACACACAAGCGGACUAACAGCACGGACCGUCGCGAAGGGUGUAAUAUAAAGUCUCUAUAUUGUGGGAGCUUCUCUUGUUACUCGGAUAAGGAAUCACUCAUUUUUGGAGAGAUGGCCCAGGAGACCAAUCAAAGCCCCGUGCCUAUGCUCUGUUCCACCGGCUGCGGUUUCUACGGCAACCCUCGGAACAAUGGCAUGUGCUCGGUCUGUUACAAAGAGCAUUUAACACGACAGAACAACGGGGGAGUCAGUCCUAUUAGCACAAUGGCAGCUUCCAGCAGUGUCAUCAGUAGUGCUACCUCUGAAUCCUCAGCCAUCCAGAUCAUCGAAGCUACUCUAAACUCCUCGUCUGCUGGCGCUGAGUCACCUAGCGGCUCCGCGGCUGCCCUUCCUGUUACACAACAGAUGACGGAGAUGAGCAUUUCCUGUGAAGACGAGGUGGUCUCGCCUAAAGUAGAACUUCCUGAACCAGUUGUCACUCAGCCGACAGCGUCCACCGCUCCUCCGAGCACAGCUGAAGAGACCAAAACACCCGAUGCCCCCAAACCCAAGAAGAACAGAUGCUUCAUGUGCCGCAAGAAGGUCGGCCUGACAGGGUUCGACUGCCGCUGUGGGAAUCUCUUCUGUGGACUCCAUCGCUACUCGGACAAGCACAACUGCCCCUACGACUACAAGGCGGAGGCUGCCGCCAAAAUCCGCAAAGAGAACCCAGUGGUGGUGGCCGAUAAGAUUCAGAGAAUAUAAAGCGCUCGCCGUCGCACCUCGACUUUGCGAGAGAUCAGAUACAAGGACUCGCACUUUGACCUGUGAUCCGAGAGACUAGUUUUUUUAAUUACAGUAUGGGAAAGAAUCUUGUUUCUAAGCCGAUGCAUGAGUGAUCACUUUGUUUCCAUUUUUCUUUUGCUUUCUGUUGUUGGUAUAUGAGCUUCAAGUUAAAACAAAUUGGG